AUGAGUCCAUCAUCAUCAUCAUUAUUAUUAUUAUUCGUUAUUAUUCUUAGUAUGAUAAUUCAUGGUCAAAGUCUAUUUUUUAAAAAAACAAGAAAUAAAAUAAAAAAUGUUGUCGGAGGUAAAUCACGUAGUAAUACAGAAGGACUUCAUACUGAACAAAUGAUGUUAUUUCCUAAUAUUGGAUUUCAAGGUAAAGAUAAUAAAUGGCGUUUAAAUGUACUUGGUUGGCGUUUUCAACCAUCAAAACGUACUAAAUUUUUGGGUCAAUCAUCUUCAAAAAUUAGUGAACGUCUUGCACGUUUCUUUGCUGAUUCAAACCAAAUUGUUUAUUAUAAUGAUACAUUUCAACCUGAUCGUCUUAAACCUUUUAUGGUAGAAGAUAGAGCACAUGAAGAAAUUCUUAUUAUGAUUGGAAAAAAUCAUAAUUUUACAACGAAAACAGAUAGUGAAGGACAAUUUCGUACAUCAUUUAUUAUGCCUAAUGAUGAUGUACAAAAAUUAAAAAAAACUAUAAAAAAUGAUCAAGUUAUUACAUAUAAAGCAAUUGGAGAUAAUGAAGAUGUGUGGGAAGGAAAAAUACAUUUAUUAGAUUGGCGUGGAUUAUCUGUUAUAUCUGAUAUCGAUGAUACAAUUAAAAUUAGUGAAGUAAUAGAUAAAAUUCGAUUAGCAGCAAAUACAUUUAUUCAUGGUUUCCGUGUUGUAAAAGGAAUGCCAGAAGUAUAUCGUGGAUGGAAAGAUAAAUAUAAUUGUUCAUUUCAUUAUUUGAGUGCAAUGCCAGAUCAACUCUAUAAUGUAACAAAAGAAUUUAUUGAUGAUCAGAAAUUUCCUGAUGGAACUUUUCAUAUGCGACAUUUUCGCUGGUCUUCAAUAUCGAUCUUUAAUUUUGUUCAUUCUGCUGAUACAAAAAUGCACAAAAACUAUAAUAUACGUUAUUUUAUACGUAAUUCAUUACGUACAUUAGUUCUCGUUGGUGAUUCAGGUGAACAUGAUCCAGAAAUUUAUGGAAAUGUUACACGAGAAUAUCCGAAACGAAUACAUCAAAUUUUUAUACGAGCAGUCAAAGGUGAAGCUAAAGAUGAUAAACGAUUUUUUAAAGCAUUCAAAGAUAUACCAAGAGAAAAAUGGCUUGUUUUUACUGAUCCUAUCAAGGAAUUACCGAAAGAUUUGAAUCUUAAACUACCAAUUUCAAUAUAA